AUGCUGGACGAGAAACAGGACAGCGCCCUCGACGCCGGGUCGGGUGGCAGUCCAUUGAGCCAGCCAGCUCACACGCUCACUUUCGAAGCUGCUAUUGAGGAACUCGGUACUGCUCUCAAUGAGGGUCUGAGUCCUGAAGAAGCGAGUCGUCGUUUGCAGCAAUAUGGCCCCAACAAAUUGGAUGAAGGUGAAGGUGUAUCUGUGGUCAAGAUUCUCGUGCGCCAGGUCGCCAAUGCAAUGAUGCUAGUGUUGAUCUUGGCUAUGGCAGUCAGUUUUGGCAUUCAGUCGUGGAUCGAGGGAGGAGUGAUCUGCGGCGUUAUCGUCUUGAACAUCGUCGUCGGAUUCUUCCAGGAAUACGCCGCGGAAAAAACUAUGGAAUCGUUGCAUUCGUUGUCCUCCCCAACAGGAACCGUCUCGAGAGGUGGACAGACAUUCUCAGUGCCGUCGGCGGAUAUCGUGCCGGGUGACAUGAUCGAGCUCAGGACCGGUGAUACUGUUCCAGCGGAUAUUCGUCUGGUUGAAGCAGUCAAUUUCGAGACUGAUGAGGCUCUCCUAACUGGAGAGUCUCUUCCCGUCCAGAAGGAAUGCGACUCGACGUUCAAACACGACACUGGCCCCGGAGACCGCCUCAAUAUCGCCUACAGCUCUAGCAACGUCACUCGUGGCCGUGGCCGUGGUGUGGUUGUCAGCACAGGCAUGUACACUGAAAUCGGAUCUAUUGCACUCGCAUUGCGGGCCAGCGAUACCAAGCGUCGUCCCGUUAAGCGUGGUCCUAACGGCGAGACCAAGAAGCGUUGGUACUUCCAGGCUUGGAGUCUUACCUGGGCGGAUGCCGUUGGUCGAUUCCUCGGUGUCAAUGUCGGAACGCCCUUGCAGAGAAAGCUAUCAAAGCUGGCCUGUUUGCUAUUCGGAGUUGCGGUUCUUUUCGCUAUUAUCUGCAUGGCUGCAAAUUCUUUCAGCAGCAACAACGAAGUCAUUAUGUACGCCGUUGCAACUGGUAUUAGUAUGAUUCCAGCGUGUCUCGUCGUCGUCCUGACUAUCACUAUGGCUGUGGGUACCAAGCGCAUGGUCGAGCGGAACGUCAUUGUUCGCAAACUGGACUCGCUCGAGGCCCUCGGUGCCGUUACAGAUAUUUGCUCCGAUAAGACCGGUACAUUGACUCAGGGAAAGAUGGUUGUCCAAAAAGCAUGGAUUCCUUCUCGAGGAACGUAUUCCGUCGGCCCAUCCAACGAACCUUUCAAUCCUACCGUCGGAGAUGUCUCCUUCGCCCCUAUCCCUCCUUCGCAGAACGAUUAUAAAGAUGAAAGUCCCGCCGCCGAGAACGUAGAAGGCCUAGUCUCUGGAAACCGCCAGCUCGAAGACUUCCUGGACGUCGCCGCGAUGGCCAAUCUCUCGCACGUGUUUAAGUCUGAAGAAGGCGAAUGGAACGCCCGAGGUGAACCCACCGAAAUUGCAAUUCAUGUCUUUGCUUCGAGAUUCAACUGGAACCGCGACCGCUGGACUAAGGGACAUAGUACGACCACGGGAGGUGAGGGAACGGUGUGGCACCAACAGGCUGAAUUCCCAUUCGACUCGACUGUUAAGAAGAUGUCUGUGAUUUUCAGCAAAAUCACUCCCCAAGAGAACCGCACAAUGGUCUUCACCAAGGGUGCCGUCGAGCGCAUCAUUGACUCCUGUACCUCUGUUAUCUGGGAUCAGGAUUCAUCUACCCCUGUACCAAUGACCGAUGACCACCGCGAAAAGAUCUUGCUGAACAUGGAAGAACUCGCCAAGCUAGGACUUCGCGUCUUGGCUCUAGCUCAUCGCACAUACACUACUCAGACACAACUGCUUGAAGAUGCCGACCUCAAUCGUGAAGAUAUUGAAAAAGAUCUGUGCUUCCUAGGACUGAUCGGCUUGUAUGAUCCUCCUCGCCCCGAGACAGCGGGCUCAAUCGAGGCCUGCUACCGCGCCGGUAUCGUUGUCCACAUGGUUACUGGUGAUCACCCCGGCACUGCCAAAGCAAUUGCUCAGCAAGUAGGAAUUCUUCCUACCAACUUUGAUUCAGUUGCGGCUGAUGUUGAGGAGGCUAUGGUUAUGACUGCCGGUCAAUUCGAUAAACUCACUGAUGCAGAGGUAGAUGCGCUUCCGACUCUGCCUUUGGUUAUUGCUCGCUGUGCGCCUCAGACUAAGGUCCGUAUGAUUGACGCUCUUCACCGCCGUGGCCGCUUUGCAGCUAUGACUGGAGACGGAGUGAAUGAUUCUCCUUCGCUUAAGCACGCCGAUGUUGGUAUCGCUAUGGGACAGGCUGGUUCGGAUGUGGCUAAGGAUGCAUCCGACAUUAUUCUCACGGAUGACAACUUCGCCUCGAUUCUCAAUGCCGUGGAAGAAGGACGCCGUAUCUUUGAUAACAUUCAGAAAUUCGUGCUUCAUCUAUUGUCAGAGAACAUCGCUCAGGCCUGCACUCUACUUAUCGGACUCGCUUUCAAAGACGCUGAUAAUCAAUCCGUCUUCCCUCUGUCCCCGGUCGAAAUUCUCUGGAUUAUCAUGAUUACAUCUGGUAUGCCCGAUAUGGGUCUUGGAAUGGAGGUAGCUGCCGCCGACAUCAUGAGCCGUCCUCCCCAGAGCAAGCAAGGUAUCUUCACCUGGGAGGUUAUCAUCGACAUUGUAGUAUACGGUAUCUGGACCGCAGCACUCUGCCUAGCCGCAUUCUCCGUCCGCAUGUGGGGAUUCGGCGAUGGCAAUCUAGCCCGCGGCUGCAACAAGGCAUGGUCCGAUGAGAUCCAAGACUGCGAACUUGUCUUCAAAGCCCGCGCCACGACAUUCGUGUGCUUGACCUGGUUUGCGCUGUUCCUGGCCUGGGAAAUGGUCAACCUGCGCCGGUCGUUCUUCCGCAUGCAACCCAAGUCCAAGAAGUACUUUACCCAGUGGAUGUACGACGUCUGGCGAAACAAGUUCCUGUUCUGGUCCAUCAUGGCUGGAUGGGUCACUAUGUUCCCUAUCCUGUACAUUCCCGUUCUGAACGAUGUCGUCUUCAAACACAAGCCCAUCACUUGGGAAUGGGGUAUCGUUGCGGUCGAGGCUGUCCUGUUCUUCGCGGGCGUCGAAGCUUGGAAAUGGGGUAAGCGAGUCUACUUCCGUCGCGCAGCCGCGAAAGAACGCAAGAUGGGCUCGUUGGAAACCUGCCAGGUCAAUAUUCCAGAAUGCCCCUAA